AUGUCUUACAACGAGUCCUCCAAUAUGGGUCGCGACCGGGAGAUGAAGAUUCGAAUGGCCCAGGAGGCCCAGGCCGUCAUCGAGUUCGAAGAGGAUCCCCAUCGCGCAGCUUUGGAAGACAAUCCAGCCGAGGCACGGGUCAGUAUCAAAACAUGGAUAGCAAUCUUUUCUAUGGCUUUGUCCUUUGGCCCCCCUGUCGGCCUCGCCUUCCUCGCAGUCGCAUCGAUCGUGGUCCAGGUCACCAACGAGCUAGGUGGACAAGAAUCUCUAGCUUGGGUAGUAGGGUCUUGGUCAUUAUCGACGGCAUGCUCUUUUUCCCUUGCAGGGCCUCUCAGCGACGUUUUUGGCCGCCGGAUACUUGUCCUUUGGGGGCAGUUCACUGUUGCGGUCGGCUGCAUUGUUGCGGCCGCAGCAAAGAAUAUUUCAACGCUCAUCGCUGCCGAGACUCUAAUCGGUCUCGGAACCGGCUUCGUCUUCGUCUCGUACGCCGGCGUUCCCGAGAUGCUCCCAAACAAGUGGCGAUCCCUUGGUCUGGGCAUAUUGGAGUCUGGCAUCGCGGUUCCCUGGGGCAUACUCUCCGUGUUGCUCGGCAAUGCUCUGUUCAAGUAUGCAUCGUGGCGAUGGAUCUUCAACCUGGGCAUCAUCAUCGAGUUUGUCGGCCUGAUCGGCACCUUCUUCUCUUACUAUCCAACCGCCCGGCCUCGGGGUGACUUCGACAAAACCCGCUCGCAGCAACUCCGCGAUGUCGACUGGGUAGGUCUAGGCCUCUUCACUUCCGGCUUGGCUACGGCCCUCGUCGGCUUGACAUGGGGUGGCACACCCGCGUACCCAUGGGAUAGUGCGGGUGCCAUUGCGCCCAUUGUCGUCGGCGUCGUAACCUUGGCUUGUGGGUUUGCCUACGACUUCAAGAUAGCACCCCGGCCUAUGUUCCCUUUGAAGCUGUUUACCAUGUUCCGCCAGUACUCAGUAUUGCUGGUCGUUCUCUUUGUUUCAGGGAUGAACUUCCAUGCCAUGUCUGCGCUACUGCCCCAAGGAUCUCUAUACAUGUUCACCACGGAUGGCAUCGAGAUCGGAGUGCUAUCACUCCCAAACACACUAAUGAUUGGUUUCACUGGGGUUCUCGCCCCUCUUAUAGCUCACAAAGUGGGAUAUAUCAAGUGGCAGCUUGUCAUCGGCAUGGCGCUGCAAGCAAUCUUCAUCGGAGCGAGCGCGGCGACAGUCUACCCUAAUAAGAAGCUCGCCUACGCUUUCGUACCAGCAAUCGGGGUACCCAUGUUCGUCUGGGUUACCAUUCUAUCCUAUGCUAUCGCAAGUCUCCACGUUCCCCAUUCUAACUUGGGCGUAGCCAUGGGCUUGCUGGGUACGUUCAGAUCAGGUGGAGGUGCAGUUGGCAACGCUGUUUUCAACACCAUUUUCCAAGAGAAAUUCCGCGAGUUCCUUAGCAAGGAUUUUGCCGCUGCUGCCAUUAGCAACGGUCUCAAUCCCUCGGACCUCGGCCUCAUCAUUCCAGCAGCUAUCGAGUACAACCUGGGCAACCCCCGAGCAUUGGUCAACGUCCCAGGGAUUACUCCUGAAAUCCAAGAGGCCCUUCGACAAGCAGUACGGGCUGCAGCCGGUCACGCCUUCAAAAUUGUGUUCUAUGUGACGAUUCCCUUUAGUGUUGUAGCGUUGCUCUGCUCCUUGUUCGUCGAAGACCCCUCUGCUUACAUGACGAACCACAUCCAGUCUGUCAUGGGCCAGGAUCAGAUCGAGCAAAGACGCGGUAAAAGGAUGACAAACCUGGAGCAGAGCCGGGGCAUAGAGUUUGAGACUGUCAGGACGAUCCAUGUGGAGCCUGUCGGGAAGAGAUAA